AUGCUUGGAAGCAUUGAUUGUAUGCAUUGGACAUGGAAGAAUUGUCCUACUGCUUGGCAUGGCAUGUUUACUGGCCACAUUCAUGAACCCACUAUUAUUUUAGAAGCUGUAGCUUCAUAUGAUUUAUGGAUAUGGCAUGCUUUUUUUGGAUUACCUGGGUCUCUUAAUGACAUCAAUGUGUUAGAGCGGUCUUAUGUAUUUAGUGGAUUGGAUGAAGGUAGUGCCCCUCAUAUUAGCUAUAAAGUCAAUGGGAGGCCAUAUGACAUGGGAUAUUAUCUUGCUGAUGGUAUAUAUCCAUCAUGGGCAACAUUAGUGAAGACUAUUCCAGCUCCACAAGGAAAUAAGCAUCGACAUUUUGCUAAAGAGCAAGAAGGGGCAAGGAAAGAUGUUGAGCGCGCAUUCGGAGUGCUUCAAUCACGUUUUGCGAUUGUCCGAAACCCGGCAAGACUUUGGGAUAAGGAUAACCUAAAACAUAUUAUGAUGGCAUGCAUAAUUAUGCAUAAUAUGAUUGUCGAAGACGAGCGUGAUGAACAUGAGCGUAUUAGUAGACUAAGGAAAAUACAUGGUAUCGAAAAAGAAUAUGAUCAUGUUGAUGAAAUUCCACGCAUAUCACUUUCGCUCGAGCGUACACCAACAAUAAUGGAGUUCAUCGCAAAUCGUCAUCGAGUUAGAGAUAAACAAAUGCAUACUCAACUCCAAGAAGAUCUUGUCGAGCACUUAUGGAAAAAACAUGGAGCCAAUUAG